AUUUAAAAGAGCAUCUCGUAUACAACAAUAACUUCUCCCUCGGUGCAAAAUUCAUCACGUGGCAUAUAUGUUUUUCACUUACAUCCGGGGAACCAGAACCGACAAGGGAGGUCGCCAUUUAUUUCUUUUAUAGUUUAGAAGUUGUCGAAAGCUGAAAUCGAAGAAAAUGACAUCACGCCGACCUUUUGAUCCUGUGGCACACGAGUUGGAUCCCACUUUCCGACUCACCAAAUUUGCUGACCUAAAGGGAUGAGGGUGUAAAGUCCCUCAAGACGUUCUGCUCAAACUUCUUGAGGGACUUAACCAGGACAGCAGUGCCCAGGAUCAAGAACAGGCGCAAUUCCAAUAUGUCACACCAGUUCCAAGAGUUGGUAUUGGUAUGGAUGCCUCGAUCACCCCACUUCGUCAUGGUGGCCUUUCACUCGUCCAGACAACAGACUUCUUCUAUCCACUGGUUGAUGACCCCUACAUGAUGGGUAAGAUUACGGCUGCGAACGUACUGAGUGACCUGUACGCGAUGGGAGUGACGGACUGCGACAACAUGCUGAUGCUGCUCGGUGUCAGUAACAAGAUGACGGAGAAAGAGCGAGACAUAAUUGUCCCGAUGGUCAUGAGUGGAUUCAAGGACACGGCCGAUGACGCGAACACGCAGGUGACAGGAGGUCAGACGGUGCUGAACCCGUGGAUGACGAUCGGGGGUGUGGCGACGUCAGUCUGUCAGACCAACGAGUACAUCAUGCCAGACAACGCUGUUGUGGGAGAUGUUCUCGUGAUGACGAAACCUCUGGGCUCCCAAGUGGCCGUCAACGCAUACCAGUGGCUCGACCAGCCCGAGCGAUGGAACCGCAUCAAACUGGUUGUCAGUGAGGACGACUGCAGGAAGGCUUACCAACGGGCCAUGUUUAGUAUGGCUCGUCUCAACCGAACAGCCUCCAAGUUAAUGCACAAGUACAAUGCCCAUGGUGCCACUGAUGUAACUGGAUUUGGACUGCUAGGCCAUGCUAACAACCUGGCUAAAAUACAGAAGAAUGAGGUCGGCUUCGUCAUUCACAACCUGCCCAUCAUUGCCAAGAUGGCUGCCAUCAGCAAGGCUUGUGGAAACAUGUUCGGUCUGCUGCAAGGGCAUUCUGCAGAAACGUCAGGCGGAUUACUGAUUGCUCUGCCUAGAGAACAAGCAGCAGCCUUCUGUAAAGACAUUGAGAAGCAGGAAGGCUACCAGUCCUGGAUCAUCGGAAUUGUCGAAAAAGGAUCGCGAACAGCCAGAAUAAUCGACAAGCCUCGAGUAAUCGAGGUUCCGGCUAAAGACAGAGAUGGUGAAUUGUGGUAGUCAUUGGUGAUGUUUUUGAAUCCUGGAAUGUGCAGCCAUAUUUGUCAUAUACCAGAGAAUGAACAGUAUCCAGAUAAAAUAAUUCUGAAUUGUGAAGCAACAUUCCACAUCAUUUUGAAGACUGCCUGUUGGACAAAAUGUUUCUGUUCCAGUUUCCUUUAGCGACUUGAUUUCUACAUGUACAUAACAGAUCAUUGACAUUUUAAAUGCAGCUUGUUUUUUUAAGGCCAUUUUUUAUGUUGCGAGCAUUGCUUUUAAAUUCAUGGAUUCAUAGUUCCUUUAUCAGUUAAAAACUUGGAUUCUGAGCAGAUCUCUGGGUUUUUUACUGGUGCUGAAUGAACAGGAUGAAGUGUCUGCAGUGGUUGCUGUUCUCUUUCUCUAUGAAUCUUCGUUCACAAAUGGCUGCAUGCCCACUGGACGAAAGAUGAUGUAAAAGAAAGACCACAGCAUGCAAACAUUUUGUCCCCCACAUCAUCUUUCAAAUCAAUCAUGUUCAUCAAAUAAAUUCUAAUAAAUGAA